AUGGUGACUGAAGGCAUUGUCCUUGGACACAAAAUCUCUUCCAAAGGCAUUGAAGUUGAUAAAGCAAAGGUAGAAGUCGUUGAGAAACUUCCACCUCCAGUUAAUGUCAAAGGAAUCAGAAGCUUUCUUGGUCAUGCCGGAUUCUACAGG